AUGACAACAGCGCGGCGAUCUGCUGCAACGCGCGAUCUACACCAAGGCAAUGUCGCCUUCCUUGAAAGCUUUGCUGCCAAAGAGGCCCAGAGGCGAGCUGCGAAGCAGAAGCCGACGCUGACGAUUGAAGAGCACGCCGCGCACCGGGCGCAAUUGGCUGAUGUCCUCUUUAUUAAACCUAAAUACGCUGACGAAACCGAAAUUAACGUCACGGGCAUCUUUAGAAAAUGGGUGCGUGGGCGACUGGAAAGCGACGAUUCAAAACCUCAGACGCGAGACGACGCAGGACUUCGUUCUCUUUAUGUGCGAACAUUACAACAUCAGAUCAUGGGGCAGCACCCAUGA